GCCAACACAACUUGUUUUCUCAAAUGCACAAAUCAUUAAACAUUCCAUCAGCAAAUAGUUCAGACGUCGUUGUACAAAGAAAGCGAAAGACGCAAUAUGAAACUCUAUGCUGUAUCUGAUGGCCCACCAUCUUUGGCUGUACGCAUGUGCUUGAAGGCCCUGGAAAUACCCUAUGAAUUGCACAAUGUAGACUAUAUUGCCUCGGAACAUUUGUCGGAGGAAUAUGCCAAGUUAAAUCCCCAAAAAGAAAUUCCCGUCUUGGAUGAUGAUGGUUUCCAUCUAUCGGAAAGUAUUGCCAUCAUGCAAUAUCUGUGUGAUAAAUAUGCUGGCGAUUCUCCACUUUAUCCCAAGGAACCCAAACAGCGAGCGUUAGUUAAUCAUCGUUUGUGUUUCAAUAUGGCUUUCUAUUAUUCCAGCAUUGGGGCGUACAGUAUGGCACCGAUAUUCUUUGAUUAUCAACGUACCGAAAUGGGCAAAAAGAAAGUCGAAAAUGCUCUACAAGUUUUCGAAACUUAUUUACAAAAGCUGGGUACAAAAUAUGCGGCUGGUGAUAAUUUAACAAUUGCCGAUUUCGCCUUGGUCUCAGCCACUCUAUGUUUGGAAGGCAUUGCUUAUGAUUUUUCCAAAUAUCAAUUGGUCAGCAAAUGGUAUCAAACAUUCAAACAAGAAUAUCCACAAUUGUGGGAAAUCGCCAAUGGUGGUAUGCAAGAGAUUACCGAAUUUGAACAUAAUCCACCAGAUUUGUCGCACAUGAAUCAUCCAUUCCAUCCAACAAGAAAAUCAAAGGCAUAAAA